AUGAAGCUCAACACCUACGUAUCUCUUGUGGCGUUUGCGGCCUUUGCUGCUGCUGAACGGCAUCCUUUGAAUCUACCAAAGCAUGUGCGGCCUCGCCAAUAUUCUGCUCCACCGCCAUACUCGCCUGUGGGCCCGAGUUCGAGCAGCGACAGUGGCAGCGCAUCAUCCAGCUUUCCUAACGGAUCUUCAACCUCGCUGGCUACCGGCGUUUCUUCCACUGUUGACGUGCCAUCUGCUCAAACGUCCUCACUUCCGCCUAAUGCCGCAUCAUCUGGUCCUUCUACCAUCGUCGUUACAAGUGUAGUUAUUAUUACAUCGGCCAUUCCACCUCUACCUACUACUUCGACCUCUACGGAUGCUACUAGAAGCAGCUGGGGAGUCAGCAAAUCUUCCUCUAUCAGCAUCCCGCUUCCCACAGGCCCCCAAUCAUCCGGGACUGGCUCCCACUCUUGGCCUCACCAGUCUUCACCUGGAUCGUCAGCACCUUACGGCAAUAGCACUUCAACCUCUUCAUCUCCAUGGGGCACAGGCACAGUGUCAAUUUCCUCAAGCCCGCCCCUGACUUCUGCUACCAGUAGCCGUCCCUCCGCAGCCACCAGCUCCCCUCCCUACCCUUCAAACAGUACGCUCACAGAAACCAGCACGGGCCCUAUAGCUACCUCGAGCGGAAACGCAACUACAUCCACAGUCCCCACUUCCUCCGCCCAUUACAAACCCCCCGGAAACUUCACCAGCAGCCUCUCCAUCGCAACCGACUCCGUCUCCCCAUCCUCAACCCCCGAUGUCUCGACAAUCAGCUGGAUCUCAUUCACAUCGGGAAGUCCAUCCGCCACACCAUCGAGUGCAUCGUCGACUUCAAAAUACACAAGGUCUACCUCGUCGCGCCGACGCACUACGACGACGACUAGACGCCGGUCGACAACACGUACGUGGAGCAGGACGCUGACUAUGUCGUUUUCGUCGACGAGGUCUGCUUGGUUUACACCUACGCCUACGCCUUCGAGUGAUUUGCCGUGGACUAGUAGUGCGGUGUCGGAGGAGGAAUCUUCUACGCCGGCUUCGUGGUCUGGAAGUACGGUUACGCCGUCGGCAUCGGAGAAUUGGCCUUUGUCUUCUGCUACUACGCCCUCUGAGUCUGAUAGCUGGUCGUCAUUUUCAGCCACACCAUCUGAAUCAGAUGGCUGGCCCUCUUCUCCCCCCAGCUCAUCCUCCGACCAAACCUCCUCAACCAGCUCUCCCGUAUGGCCUCCAGUCUCCUCCUCCCCAUCAUCAUCAUCGCCAUCCGACAGCGCCACAACACCCUCCCCAUCCCCCUCCUCCUCCUCCUCCUCCUCUUCUUCUUCUUCUUCUUCUUCCGCUACACUCUCCUUCUUUUCUUCCCCAUACAAUUCAUACUCCACACCACCAUCCACCUACACCGAUGCAACCGCGUCUUCAUGGCCCGUCAAUACUCCUUCCCCAUCUCCCUCGCUUCCAUUGUAUACUAUGUAUACUUCUUCUUCCCCCUCAUCCUCUGUUUCUUCCUCAGCCUCUUCGCUUUCUGCCUCCUCUUGGUCGGCGUCAUCGUCAGCGUCCGCCUCCGCCUCCAUCUCCUCCGCAAACCCAAGCACCACCUUCCUAACCAGCACCAGCACGAGUAAAUCUCAAGCGUACUACGCGCCCGUGCCGCCCGUGCAGACGUAUGCGAAUCAACACGAGCAGCGGGCCGACAAGGAGAAGAGGGAUGUGGUACGACUGUGGUUUGUGUAA